CCAUUCACUGAAGGCCUUUAUUUUCACCGUAUUAUUUCCCGUAGGGAGAACCUUCCAGCUCCACUGGUGCCAGUUUGUCGUAAAUUUCAAGUAAUAUUCAGGACCGGAAGAUUCCUGUGAAGCCAUCACGCAAUCUAGUAGAACUUUGCUAUUCAUCUGACAGUAUAGCCAUGGCAAACCGAAGAGGCGUAUCCAGUGACAAUAUACCUAAUAAUCCAGUAAUAAACAAUCUGAACUCGCUGCUGCAAGACAUCUACGUGCGUUAUGUCGCCCUGAAUGAUGAUGAAUUCGAAACGUAUUAUGGAGUCUUCACCGAUGUCUUUAGGCAAAUUCAUACGAAGAUGAAGCAGGUGGACCCUUACUUUGAGAGAUAUUCAAGCAAUGUACUAUUGGCCGGAAGUCACUAUGAUCGAACUCGCGUUACAAAACCGGAUGAAUUUGAUGUGGCUAUUGUCAUUGGACUUCCUUUGAACGAGAGGGCGCAUCCUGAAGAUGUUGCCCUGGUGCCAAAGGAGGCAGGGUAUGUGCACCUUAGGAUGGGAACCCAAUACAAGCAACUCAUGAUGCGCGAUAGCUGCAACUGGGAAAUUAACAAUGCAGCCUAUAAGUGGAGCGAUGGACAGGACUUUUUGCUCCGCUCAUACUUUAUGGAUUGGUUCAAGGGAGUUGUGGACAUCGCUUUGAAUUUAUUUAAGCGUGGUUCCACACCGAUUAUUUAUUCUGGCGACGUGCCGUACACUAUACGGCAGUCCGAAAGUGGUCCAGCGAAGACUUUGAUUAUUGAAAAUAUAUCCAAGGGGUUUAAAUUGGAUGUGGAUUUGGUGCCGGCACUGAAAUUCCCGGAGGAGCGUUGGCCUAUUACCAAUUCGUACAGACUAAUACGUGCUAACUGGAGCAAUGCAGAGAAAUUCUGGCUAGUGGUGCCGAAGCAAAAUAAAAACGCCGGUAAUGACACCUCCAGGUAUUGGCGUUUGGGUCUGGUGUUUAAAAUAAAUAUACACUUACUACUAAAAAAACUUCGCGACGCACAAGAUAUGGACAAAAUUGCAAGUUAUUUCUUGAAGAAUUUAGUGUUGUGGGAAAUUGUGGAACGAGAACACGACAGAGAUUUCUGGACACAGAAUCCAGCAGCUCUCUUUACGAUUUUGGUUCGGAAGCUUUACAACGCACUCAAAACGGGCAAGUUACUUUACUUCUGGAAUAGCAAAGACAACCUUUUUACGAACAUACACCCCUGGACUUUAAGUAGUUAUGCUGCGAAAUUGGAAAGACUUCUCGAAGUGCUGGCACGCCCGGGCUCGUAUAAGGAAGUCGCCAAAUAUUUAUUGACUGCUAGUCAAUUCCAUGAAUACAAUUACAAAUUCUUGCAUAUUUAAGUACCUAUUAGUAAUUUUAUUGCAUGCAUCAUACGUUCUAGUUAAAAUAAUAUUGCAUAAUCCAUUAUUGUGUUACUUAUUUUGAGAAAACUGUAUUUCCGAAAGUAAUACAACUUAAUAAGUAAGUAGUUUGCGUAGUAUUUUGCAGUUUGUUGAUGGCGUUAUUGGUAUUAUAGCAGCCAUUGUAGCGACCAGAGUCGACUGCCCAUUUAUACAGACUUGGGAGGCUCUUCAUGCGACAGCCGAAAGGGAUUAAUGUUAUAGAAAAUUUGUAUUUACUAACUUAGUCAUAAGUUUACUAUUGUUACUAACACGACAUGGAGAUAAUCCGAAAUAAAUAAUUAUUAUUAUCCUUAAUUAUACACUCCCGGACACAUAAUUCGGG